CGUGGGGGCUUAGUAGUAGCUAACCUUGCGUCGAGAUUAGACCGGGCUUUCGGUAGGAGCGCUCCUUUGGUAUACCCGUCUACCCGGAGAAUUUUACUUGCGGGGCCCUUUCGUGGCGAAAUCGUGACAGUUGUUUUGUUUCCGUGCGCACCGUCCGUUAAAAAAGCGAAUGAAAACGAUUCAGUAUUCUGGUCAGGUGUUAUCGAAACGGCCACCGUUUUCGGCUCAAACGUCCCAAGUGUCUCAAGUGUCCCAAAGUGUCAAGUAAGCUUCGUUGAAGGAACAGCUCAUUCAUUAAUACGUGUGACACUAGAAAAUCAACGACAUAAGAUGAAAUUUCCGCUGCGAGAUUUGCCAACCAUUGUAACCUGUCUGGUGGUGAUCUGUACUGCUUUUGGAACCAUAAGUGCCAAUGUAACCCCAGAACCGACAGCAGAAGGUGUCGUGAAAAAAGACAACCCUUUUCUGGAGUGGUUUGAGUUACUUACCGGAAUUCAACGACCAUCACCGCCUCUCAUGCCAGCGGAAAACUGUACCGAGUGUAAAUGUGGUCGGACGAAUCAGGUAAAUCGAAUCGUCGGCGGAAUGGAGACUAGUGUGGUUCAAUACCCUUGGAUGACAGCUCUCAAGUACGGUAGAUCGUUCUAUUGCGGUGGAACAUUGAUAACGGACCGGCAUGUGCUGACCGCCGCCCAUUGUGUGCACGGCUUCAACAAAGCAAGAAUCAGUGCCAUCUUUCUGGAUCACGACCGGUCCACCGAGGAUGAAUCAGAAACGAUAACGGCGAAGGUGGAAAGGAUUAUCAAAAACAGCGCGUAUAGCCAAAUCAAUUAUGACAACGACAUCGCCAUCUUACGAUUGGACAAGCCGUUGGAGAUGAACGACAAAUUGCGACCCGUUUGUCAGCCAAGUCCCGAAGAAACCUACGCCGGUUACGACGGUAUCGUAACCGGCUGGGGCACUACCUCGGAGGGUGGUCAGGUAUCGUCCACGCUUCAGGAAGUCGUGGUGCCAAUCAUGUCGAACGAGCAGUGUAGAAAAUCGGCGUACGGAGAGAGACGAAUUACCGAUAAUAUGAUGUGUGCCGGAUAUGAAGAGGGAAAGAAAGAUUCCUGCCAGGGUGACAGCGGUGGUCCUCUGCAUGUGAUCGACAAGGAAAUGGAGUCGGAAAAUAUUCACCGAAUCGCGGGUGUAGUUUCUUGGGGUGAAGGAUGUGCCAAGCCGAACCAUCCGGGGGUGUACAGUCGAGUCAAUCGAUACGAAGAGUGGAUUCGGAGCAACACAAUCGACGGAUGUUCUUCGUCCCGUAGCGUCACAACAUCAAUUUACGUGUCCUGCUGCUGGUCCAUCGCUUGCAACAACCUUUGUGUUGCAAAACACUACGGACCGUUAGACAUGUCAGGAAGCCACAGGGAAGCUGCAAUCGGUGGGAUAAAAACCGGAAUCGUUUAUUUUUGGCACAAACUGGUACUGAAAUGGCCUUUUUUGCUGCGUGGAUGCAUUUUUGAAGUGAAUGGUGAAAAGAAGAAGAUUAGUUCAGAACUUUUCUUUUCUGCUAUUAGCCAAAGUGUAAGAUCAUUUGCGAAGUGUCUGUUGCGUUGUUCGGAAGUGUUUUUUCGCGACUUCAACAAAAUGUGGUUCAAAGAGAACUUUAUAUUAGUGAAGGUGAUUUUGAUGUGUGUACUUGUUGAUGACUGUUAUAGCAGUGCAAUUGGUGCCUUCAACCGAAUCGAACGUUUCAAUUUGCCGCUGAAACCUGCAAACUUUAGAUAUCAUAGAGUAAAAACUAUAGCAAAAACACCGCCAUUGGGGUUGCAAAGUUUGAACGACGUUCAUAACAAUGGAGUAGUUGGAAAUGCGCCAACACAAUCCCCAUUCAGUCAGGUUUCCCCGAGUGCUAACAAACCAAUUAUAGAACAAAUUAUAUCCAUUGCAUCAAGUCUGCAAGGCAUGGAUAAAAAUAAUGCAACGGUUCCAGAAACGCAAACAUCUACAUCUGAGUCAACUUCAGACACGAGUGUGGAAACCAAGCCAACAACUGAAGAUAAUUCAUCGGACUGUUCAAGAUGUUCGACGUGGUCGGAGACAGCAACUGAAACUGCAACUAGCGAAUCAACGCCAGCAACGGAUGAAUCGACAGCUUCUCCAACAGCCGACUUAUCUUCAACAACAACUGAAGAAUCACCUAAAACAACUGAUGCAGCUUCAAGUACACUAGAAGAUAUCACAUCUACGACGGCAGGAAACCCGACUGCAAUAGAGACAACUAGUUCUGUCACAAGUGACGCUACUUCAACGACAGACGAAUUGCCAACUGAGUCAACAUCAACAACAGUUGUAGCAACAACAGAACCAAAAACAACCGAAUCAACUGAUAAAUCUCCUAAACCAACCGAUACAGCUUCGAAUACAUCAGAAGAUACCUCAUCUACGACGGAAGUGAACACGAUUACAAUAGAAACAUCUAGUUCUACUACAAGUAACGCUACUCCAUCAACAGAUGAACCGGCAACUGAGUCAACAUCAAGUACAGAACCAAAAACAACCGACUCAACUCCGACAUCUACUGAUGAAUCUCCAAAACCGACAGAUGCAAUCUCAAGUACGGAUACCACCAUCACCACAGAAGAUGUUUCAGCUACGACAGAAGGAUCUUCGACUACAAUAGAUACACAUAGCUCGGAUGCUCCUCCAUCGACUGAUGAAUCUACCACUGCGGCAACCACAGCUUCAGAACAGAUCGUUAACGACUCAACUCCGACAUCCACCACUGCCACUUCAGAAGAUACUUCAUCUACGACGGAGGGAUCGACGACAAUAACCGAGACAGAUAGUGCUGUAACAAGUGACUUCACUCCAGUGACAGACAAAGCAACAUCCAACGCUACUUCGAUUUCAACUGAAGGACCACCUGCAACGAGUGAUGCAUCAUCUAGUGUAGACUCUAACAUCACCAUCAGUACAGAGGACCCUUCGGCUUCGACUGAAGGAACAUCUAGCUUAGCCUCGAGUAACUCUAUUCCUCCAUCGACGGAUGAAUCUACCAAUGUCAUAACAACAACCACCGAACAGAUCGUUACCGACUCCACUACGACAUCAACCGUUGCCACUUCAGAAGAUACAUCAUCUACGACGAAGAAAUCGACGACGAUGACCGAGACAGAUGAUGCUGUAACAAGUGAUUUGACUCCAGUGACAGACGAACCAACCACCGACGCCACAUCGAUAUCAAUUGGAGGUUCACCAGCAACGAGUAAUGCAUCUUCUAGUGUAGACACUAACAACACCAUCAAUACAGAGGACAUUUCGGCUUCGACUGAAGAAACAUCUAGCUCAGCCGCGAGUGACUCUACCCCAUCUGUAGACGAAUCCACGUCAUCAACUACAGUACAGAUAAUAACUGAGCCAUCUCAGGCAUCUUCCACUUCCAAUUCAGAUGAUAUCUCACCUAGCGCGGUAACAAGUGACUUAGCACCAGCAACAGAUGAACCAGCGACCGAAGCAACAUCAACAGAGGAGACUACACCCGAUUCAACUUCGUCUCCAUCUGGAGGCUGGGCACCAGAAGCAACAGAACCAAAUGCCUUUCUUAUUGUCAAUAGACCAACGGCUAGUCAGCAGAAUGCAUUCGAUCUUCUCUCCAACUUACACACUGAGAAACCCGGAGGAAGCAAUGGACCAGCUCCUCCAAAUUUCAUCGGUAGUCUUGGAUCUACCUUGUUGUCCAGUGUGGCCAGUGAUGUUCCUGUUGAUACCAAUACAAGCCAAACGCAGGGCAGCAGCGUCACAUUCGGUCUACCUGGUGGUAUCGCAGCUCAACUCAACAACUCGCUACUAAAUCUGCCAGCACAAGGAUCUCAGCCUGUUCACCAUGACAAUCCUUUCCUAACGGGAUGGAAUCAAGUCCAAAACAUUAGUAAUCAAAUUGCCACUAGCAACCCACUCAAUCCAAUCAUCGACAACACUGUUGUUCAGAAUCUACCGAACAUUUCCUCCAUCUCCCAGUCCAUCACGUCCCAAAUCAACAAUGUAUCUUCCACGAUAGGUGUUCCGAAUCCCCUGCAAGAUCAGCAAUCGGAAGGUCAUCCUCCAACGGGUGUUUCACAAGACACCCCUUUUCUGGGAACGUUCCAAGAGCUGGGAACUCAGAUCACCAAUCCCUUUGUCAACAGCUCUGGAGCAUCCGCCCUAGGGGGCGUAGUUUCGCAGUUUGGAAACGUUGGAUCACAGAUAUCGGAAGGGACCACCAAUGUAACCAGCGCUCUGGUGGGAGCUGGUACCGACAGCAGUACGGCUUUAGGUGGCAUUCCAAAUCAACUGCAGCAAAUUAUAAACAACAAUCCUUUGACUGUAUUCCAGGAUCAACAGUCUGACGAAGUGCCAAUUAACGUAGCAUCCCUUGCGACUAUACCCCAAACAAAUAUCAGCGAUCCAAAGCCUCCAGCUGGAGUUUCCCAGGACACGAGCUUCAUCGGUACUCUACAAGAAAUUAGUACCCAAAUUACAAACCCAUUCGGAAGCAGCAAUAUUGGGUCCCAGAUUGCGGGAGGAAUAUCCAACGUGAUAAAUGUCAUUGCCGGUUCCGGUAAUAGUUCAACCACAAAUGAGACCACUACUGAAGCUCCAUCGGGAAAUAAUACGAACAGCAGUGACACCGGUGCCUUACAAGACACGAGUUUUUUCGGAUCAUUGCAAGAGAUCGGAACACAGAUAACACAACUUGGGGGCUCGAGUUCCAAUAAUAGCUCGGGUAGCCCAACAAUGAGUGGUAUAGCUUCUCAGUUUCCAAAUGUUGGAUCUCAAAUCGCAGCAGUAAUCGCCAAUGCAACCAGCGCGAUCAACGAAGUUCAAAUACAGCCGCUAAAUCUAACCAGUCCAUGGGGUAACAUAACGACUGGUAACACAAGGAUCAACAAAUCAGCAGUUAUGGAUGUGCUCGAUCAACUGAAUACGGUUUCACAAGCAGUAACACAAAACCCCAAUACUAACCAAUUGGAAGGAAUCAUAACACAACUACAAUCAGACCAGCUUUCUCCUUCGCAUGACGUGGGAUUAAGUAGUCUUCCUGGGCAACUUCAGGUUAUUGGCUCCAACAUCUUGAACGGCGCGCUCGAUUGGAACACGGUGAACCAAGUUCCCGUUAUUGGCAACUGGAUUGGAUCAAACAGCAAUAUGAACCCAAAAGAAGUAACCGCCCGCCCAACGCUCAGCUGCCCAAGUUGCCAUCAGAUUUGUGGCACAGUGAACUCAGCUCCAGCGAAAAGAUUGCGUGUAAUAGGCGGAAAUGUUUUGGAAUCCGCGAAUAAAUACUCGUGGAUGACUCGGUUCAUUUAUUUCAACUCCGAUGCUGGGCAAGGAUCGCUUAUAAAUGAUCGGGCAAUAAUCACGACAGCGACAAUUGUCAACAACAUGCCCCUAUACUCCCAAGGAGCCGUAUUGUUCAACGUCUACGAUCGGAUGUCCACCACCGAGAAUCGACUGAUCAAGAAAAUUGCGAAAGUGAUUCCCCAUCCUCAGUACGAUCAGAGCAAUAUAUUUGAAAACAAUAUUGGAAUAGUGAUUACCGAUAGUCCUGUCCCGCUGUCCAAAACUCUUGUUCCAAUAUGUCUCCCAACAUAUUUCGAAUCCUACGGUGGUACCGAAGCUACCCUAGCCGGCUGGGGUUCAGAUAUGGCCGAGGGGCUCCAGUCACCGAUCCCACUGGAAGUAACGAUCCCUCUCUACACGGAUGGAGAAUGCAGAAUGACUAGUCCUAACAUUACCGGUAACAAUCUGUGCGGUGGUAUCAUAAAGCCGGCUCCUACCGAUUCCUUGAAGUCAACAUGCGAGGGUGAUGCAGGUGCUGGACUUAUGACGCCUUCAAGAAUUAACGCUACCCAGUUGACACUCAUUGGUGUUGCCAUCGACAUCCCCGACGGAGGCUGCGGAGGAACCAACCAGCCGGCGGUAUUCACCAACGUACAGAACUAUAUUGACUUUAUUAUUUAUCACGGAAUAGGUUGUGGGUGCUAAG